GGGUCGACCGAUUUCGACGCCGGUUCCGAUGAAUGUUCCUAGAUAUGCUGAGAUAUCUCACCCUCCACCAAUUCCUCAAAGUUCAGCAAGAAGAGGUAACAUGUUUGGUCCUUAUCUCUUGUUACAGACGUUGGGUGAAGGUGAAUUCGGUAAGGUGAAGCUUGGAAUCCAUGUAGACACCGGUGAAGAGGUCGCAAUUAAGCUGAUACGCAAAGAAUCCGUGGACACACCAUCUCGAUUGACAAAGAUUGAAAGAGAAAUAGGAGUACUACGGAGAGUGAUGCACCCAAAUAUUGUAAAACUAUAUGACGUAUUUGAGACAGAUCGGUAUAUUGGCAUUAUUAUGGAAUAUGCUUCUGGCGGUGAACUCUUCGAUCACAUACUAGCGCAUCGUUAUCUAAAGGAGCGAGAUGCAUGCAGGCUCUUCGCGCAACUUAUUAGUGGGGUCGAUUAUCUACAUAAAAAAAAUAUAGUACACCGUGAUCUUAAACUUGAAAACCUCUUGUUAAAUCGGAACAGAAAUAUCAUAAUCACCGAUUUUGGUUUCGCGAAUCAGUUCAACGGUGCUCAUGAUGAUUUAAUGGCGACAUCUUGUGGGAGUCCUUGUUACGCAGCUCCGGAGUUGGUGAUUAGCGAAGGACUUUACGUAGGAAGCGCAGUGGAUAUCUGGAGCUGUGGUGUUAUCCUGUACGCCAUGUUGUCCGGAUAUCUUCCAUUCGAUGAUGAUCCUUCGAACCCUGAUGGUGACAAUAUCAACUUGCUUUACAAAUACAUAAUUAAUACUCCAUUGGUAUUCCCGGAAUAUGUGAGUCCGGACGCACGAGAUUUAUUAAAAAAGAUGCUUGUUCCGGAUCCAGCAAAAAGAUGCGAUAUGAAAACCAUAAUGUCACAUAGGUGGUUGGCGCCGUACGCGUCCAUUUUCAAUUAUUCCAUCCAGGAACUGGAGGCGGCCGCAGAUCCAGUACCGUCAUUGGCACCACCGGAAGCGUAUCUCCCUUCAGCUUCUAGUAAUUUCCUUAAUGUUGAAUAUGUGGGUAAUCAACAAAACGUCGCUCCUGGAACUACAACCGUGAAACGGCACACUAUUCAAGUCGAGUAUUCUGAUAACAAUGCAAAAUAUGUUGAUUAUCCAGACGAAGAUUUUCAAUUUGUGGAUGGAACGCGUCUCGGUUCCAACUUUGUACCUGUGGCUACAUCAGAUAUGAUAUUACCAGAAGAAAGAGAUGAAUUAUUACAAGCUGACAGCAAUGUUGAUUGCAAUAUCACCGAAAAUACUUCCUCUUUAUCCUCUCAAAAUAUAGAUCCACUCGGUGCACACCCCAAAACCGAAAAACAUCAUAGCACCACGUCAACUGCAUCUGGAUAUUCGGAUAAAAGUAGUACCGCCAAAAAUUCAACGACUGCCGGUUCAAGUCUACUUACUUUAUACGAACGGGAUACUGAUAAUACUACUAACGAUUUACGCGAUAAUUUGGUCCUAUCGAAAUCCAAUAGCAAAGAUCUUAAAACACUGGAGCAGCAACAAAAGAGUUCGUCUCAGACUCCCAAGAAACGGGAUGCUCCUCGCACGCGACCUGUUACAGUUCAUGGACCACCUUCAAUUCCUUUGGUUCUUCAUCACAAUGAGAAUCAAUCAAAAAAUUCUGCCAUUUCAGACAAAAGUCAUCGACCUUCUGAAAAAAUUCCAUCACUGCCCCAAUUCUCUUCUCCGCCACCUUCCAUUCCCUUGCCACCAAUUCCUAGUCACCAUGAAUCACCAAUACCCCCACCGCCCUCCGUAGUACAAAAAAGGCAUAAGAAAAGUAUUUCUUCGGAAAGAAUACAGAAUCCAAUGGGCAUCAAGCAAUCCCGCGUUGAAAAUGGAAAUGCCAUUAGCACCACUGGUAAUUAUGGUGGGGUAGACUCCGGUAAAUUAUCAGUACAUCAAAGUUUACAGCCAAGUCACGUUACGGAAUUACCUUCAGAUACCGCAUCCGACACAAGCUAUGUUGAUGAGAAUGUUUUGGAUGAUACAAAGAAGGGUCGAAACGGCAAGAGAAAGGCAUUGAGCUUGAUGGUUGACACAUUCAAGGGAUCGGCGGCUAACUCUACGCACAGUGUAGUAUCAAACAAUAAUGUGCAAGUAAAAGAUAAGAGAAAGACAGUAAGCGGCACUUCGGCAGGAAGCUCAAAUGCCGCGAAGAGAGUGAUGGAUUGGUUUAGGAGAAAAUCUUUAGCAAAACCGGAAGUCCCUGUGCUGGAUGUACCAUCUGAGUUGGCUAAGGUCGAAGAGCCUGUGAUGACAACAAACGCACCGCAGUCAAAGAGUAAAGCAAAGAGGCCAAAGAAUAAUCCUUCGGUGAUCGUGACUCAACCCAGUAGUAGUACAGUAUCACAGACAUCAUCGAGACAGUCUACCAUGACAUCCUCAAGCACCGUCGAUUUAAAACUCCGCGUACACCAUGGUGCGGUCGAUCAAAAUGCAUUAACGUCACGACCACCCUAUGAGGUGUUCAUAGUGGUAAAACAAACUUUACUUAGCAUGGGCAUUGAGAUUAAACGCGAGAGUGAAUUCAAAGUUAGGUGCGUUAGACGCAAACGAAAACAAAUUGACAACACAAAGUCUUCGUCCAACUCGAAGGACAGCAACAAGUCACAAAAGAACAAAGACACUUUGACGGUAUCAGAAAAUUCUGAGACUAGUAUAGAUACUUUAGCCGAGAAAAAGCGAAGGAAGUAUGCUGCAGGUCCAUUAAAAUCGUUUUUACGUCGCACCAAUUCCCACAAUGUCAGCUCGUCAGGUAUAACACCAACAUCGUCCCAAACCAACUCCAAAUCCUCCGACACCGAAAUGAGCGCUGUGGAUAAUAACAAUAGUAGUAUUAAUGGCGAUUCACUUUCCGUGCCUAACAGUCCAACCAUGGGUCCACUCAUGACUCUGACCGGACCUGACAAUUCAUCACCUGAAAAUGUUUUACAAACAUCUGCUCUCGCUCCAGAAAUCUUGUACGGUGAUCCAUCCAUAGACUCGGGAGAAGAGAUUAGAUUCGCCGUGGAACUGUGUCGAUUAAAGAAUCUUCCGGGGAUAUAUAUCGUGGAUAUUAAGAGAAUGAAGGGCAACCUUUGGGCGUACAAGUUUAUAUACCAUACUCUUUUUGAUAAGUUGGAUCUAAAAGGCAAAGGGGGUUAUUUAACUAUUGGUACUAGCGGUGGCAUGAUCCCAUAA